GCGGUUGCAGAAAUUGAAGGACACCAUUUUAAAUCGGCCCGCCGAUGGCGCGGAAGAAGACGCACUGGCUGAGGAUGCGGCGAAGAACGAGGAAGCAUACGCGGAACUCAUCCAAUUCCUUGAUGACAGAAGUUAGUCUCUGGCCAUGCGAGAGGCAGCGGAUGACGGGCGUGGAGCGCUCAGGAUUUUGCGCGACUAUUAUGCAGGCAAGGGGACGCCCCGCAUUGGAUGCCUGGAUACAGAACUGACUGCUUUGCAAAAGAUGAGUGGUGAGAGUGUGACUGAUGAUGUCAUACGCGCCGAGACUUCAAUCACUGCGUCAUGCUGGAGAGAUCUGAAGCCAUGGACUAUUGGUUGCAAUGAUUUUGAAGGGGCUGCCAGAAUCAUUUAAGUCUUUUUCCAUUUUUGUCACUCAAAGUGAUGAGACUCUCUCUUUUGCGGAGUUCAAGACUAAGUUGCGCAGUUAUGAGAGCACUGAAAGUAUGCGCACAGCUGAGGCCGGCGACAAUGUCACGGGGGCCCGUGUGCAUCCGAGAAGAGCUGCCCCAGCACCGAGGGCGAGGACAUCGUGUGUUUCCGUUGUGCCAGAGAGGUCACAAGAUAAGAGACUGUCAGCGUGGUCAACAGUGGUACAGGGCGAGAGCACCCCCCGGCGAGGAGGACGGCGGCAGCAAGACGACGCGCGUGGAGUGUCCGAGGAGACGGAUGACCUUUGUGUUCAAGCUUGUGACCAGCGAGCCUGGGAGCGUUGUCACGGGAACGGGCCUGCUGGUGGACACCGGUGCGACGUCGCAUAUCAUCACUGACCUGACUAAGUUCAAGAGCUUCGAUGACCGAUUCCAGUCCGAGAAGCACGACGUGGAGCUGGCCGAUGGCACGAGCUGCACGGGGGUCGCGGAGCGCAGAGGAAACGCAGAGGUGUGUCUGGUCGACAGCAGGGGGCGGAGCCUCAGGGCCACGCUGAAGCAGGCGCUGGACAUCCCCUUGUAUCCCCAAGACAUCUUCUCCGUGAGAGCUGCAACUUCCAGUGGAGCAACGGUGAUCUUCACGGAAGGAAGAGACGUCGUGCAGUCCAGAGACGUGAUGCAGAUUGGGCAGGUGAUGCAACUGACCGACGCAGUACAACUGGUUCUUGUGUUGGUCUGAGUGAGAACGCUCCUCUGGUUUCCUGGAAGACCAAGAAGAAGCCAACUGUAGCACUUCAACCUGUGAGGCAGAGUCCAUGGCGUUGGCCGCCACCACACAAGAGUGUCUUAUCUCAACUGCUUGAACAUCUUGAUGACUGUAUGACGUACCUACGAUUUUUGAAGACAACCAAGGUACAAUUGCAUUAGCCAAGAAUCCAGUCAGCAGACAGCGAUGUAAGCACAUUGAUAUAAAAUACCAUGUUGUGAGAUCGACUGUUAAUGACUGUAAAGUAUGUUUGAAGUAUUGCCCAACAGACCAGAUGGUCGCUGACUUAAUGACAAAACCAGCGACUAAAGCAAAGCUACUUACUUUGUCCAUGUUCCUGUUUGGGGUAUAGCCAGUUAAUUGCAGUUGGCUUCCAUGUUUGUUUGUCUUGUUUGUUUGCUUUUGUUAUGAUUUAUGGUUGUCAAUAAUGUGUGAUCAAGUGGGGGUGUUAAUUGAGACUGAUUGUGCUCCCAAUUAUUGUUUAUACACUUCAGGUGUGUGUGUCAUGUGACCACGGUCUAUAUAAGCUGAUGCACCUGCAGACAAUAAAGCGCUACCAUUCUUACAAACUUGCAUCCAGUGUUUUUGUCCUCCCAAGUUUAUAUAUGUUGAGUCGAUACAUGCA